CACCAUUUGUUUCUUAGCAUCUCUUUCUCCUUCCUCCGAACCUCUGGUCUCUCGUGCAGUGCUAGCUUGUCCUCUCUCACGUCAUCGCCACCCAUCUCUCUCUCUCUCUCUCUCUCUCUCUCUCUCUCUCUCUCUCUCUCUCUCUCUCUCUCUCUCUCUCUCUCUCUCUCUCUCUCUCUCUCUCUCUCUCUCUCUCAUCCGCCAAUAUGCAAGCUUCAUCCUAACAGAUGACAUGUUGUGCUCCCAAGAAGUCAAGGAUAUCUGCAUCAAUUCGAUAUAGGACAGAAGGUACCUGUUUCCAUUAGCCUGGCGCGUGCAUUAGCUAGCUGGCUGCCUUCUGUCUCCCCUCCUUAUAACCUGAUCCAACCCUCGCCUCAGCUCGGUACGCAGCAGCAGCAGCUUUUCUCACACUCAACCUUAUCACUAGCUCCGAUCCUCGUCUUUCUUGGGGCGCCGCAGUGGUCGUGGCCAUACAGAAGGAAGAAGGCCCCAUGGCGACGGUGGUGACGACGACGUCGACGAGCAAGCCGCCGGUCGUGAGGAAGAGCCUCAUAUCAAGAACCCUGCAGCGGUGCAAGUCCGGGCUGAGCGCCGGCGGCUCCGGCCGGGCGUCGCCGGCGGGGUGCUUCUCGGUGUACGUUGGCCCCGAGCGGGAGCGCUUCGUGGUGCGCGCCGAGUGCGCCAACAACCCGCUGUUCCAGCGCCUCCUCGACGACGCCGAGCGCGAGUACGGCUACGCGGCGCAGGGCCCGCUUGCUCUGCCCGGCUGCGACGUCGACGCGUUCCUCGACGUGCUGUGGCAGAUGGAGCACGACGAGGCCGACGGCGGCGGCGGCCAGCAGCUCGACGCCGCCGCCUCGUCGCCCAUAUGCGGCUUGCAGAGCGGCAUCAAGGGCCGCGCAGCCGGGUAUCGGAUGCUCAGCCCGAGGUCAUCAUCUCCGGUGGUCGGCGGGGGGAGGAGAUGAUCAAAAUCAGGACGCUGGAGAAGAUGCACAAGCUCAGGGCGCGGGAGAAGAUGCAUCAGCUCACGGCGCUGGAGAAGAUGAACAAGCUCCUGAUGCUGGUGGAGAUGAACACCACAGUG